UUUAUUAAUUGUUUCUAUAUUUGAGGUUUUUGUUUAGGGUUUUUUAGUUUUAAACAUGGCUCCUUCUUCUAAAAAAGCAAAGAAGGUUUCAGAAUCUCUUAACUCUCGUCUUGCUUUGGUAAUGAAAUCUGGAAAAUGUGUUUUGGGUUAUAAAUCUACUUUAAAGACUUUACGCAGUGGAAAAUCAAAACUUGUAAUUAUAUCAGGGAAUUGCCCCCACUUGAGAAAAUCGGAAUUGGAAUAUUAUGCUAUGUUAGCAAAAACUAAUGUUCAUCAUUACUCUGGCAAUAAUAUUGAACUGGGUACUGCAUGUGGGAAGUUUUUCCGUAUUUCUACUUUAAGUAUUACAGAUCCUGGUGAUUCAGAUAUUCUUACUUCGACUUUAUAAAUUAUUGGUUUUAUAUAUGAAUAUGUUUUUAAUUGAUUGUAUA